AUGAAAAAUCACACUAGUGAGAAAAACAAUAGAUGUGAUAUAUGUGAUAAGUCCUUUACCCGUUAUAGUAAUCUGAAAGCUCAUACUCUAAUUCACACUGGUGAGAGAAAUUAUAAAUGUGAAAAUUGUGAAAAAUCAUUUUAUUCUAAAUGUGACCUUAAAAAACAUUUUAGAAUACAUACAGGAGAGAAGAAUUUCACUUGUAAAAUUUGUGAUGUCUCAUUCACGUAUAGCAGUAAUCUUAAAAGACAUUUGCAAAUUCAUACUGGUGAAAAGAACUAUGUGUGUGAAAUAUGUGACAAAGCAUUUGCCCGUGGUAGUAGUGUCAAAGAACAUAUGGUCGUUCACACUGGUACAAAAAACUAUAAGUGUGACGUAUGUAGUAAAUCAUUCACUCAAAGAGGUGGUCUUCAAACGCAUAUGAACAUUCACACAGGAAUAAAAAAAUUUAAGUGUGAAAUAUGUGACAAAACAUUUACCCGUGGCAGUGGUCUCAAAGUACACAUGGCCAUUCACACUGGUACAAAAAGCCAUAAGUGUGACAUGUUCAGCAACUCAUACACUGAAAUAGUUCAUCUUCAAAGGCAUAUGAACAUUCACACAGGAAUAAAAAAGUAUAAGUGUGAAAUAUGUGAGAAAACAUUCGCUCAAAAGUGUGGACUUAAAAGGCAUUUGACAAUUCACACUGGCCAAAAAGACUUUCAAUGUACAAUAUGUGAUAACACAUUUACUAGAAAAGAACACCUUAAAACGCAUAUGUUUAUUCACACUGGUGAGAAAAACUAUAAAUGUGAAAAGUGUGAUAAAACAUUCUUACAAAAAGGUACAUUGAAUUCACAUAUGAUUAUCCAUACUGGCUUGAAAAUGUUUAAAUGUGAUCUUUGUGAUAAGUCCUUUACUCGUUAUAGUAAUCUGAAAGAUCAUACUCUAAUUCACACUGGUGAGAAAAAUUAUAAAUGUGAAUAUUGUGAAAAAUCAUUUUAUGUUAAACGUGACCUUAAAACUCAUUUUAGAAUUCAUACAGGAGAAAAGAAUUUCCCAUGUAAAAUUUGUGAUGUCUCAUUCACGCAUAGCAGUACUCUUAAAAGACAUUUGCGAAUUCAUACUGGUGAAAAGAACUAUGUGUGUAAAAUAUGUGACAAAGCAUUUGCCCGUGGUUGUACUCUCAAAGUACAUAUGGCCAUUCACACUGGUACAAAAAAGCUAUAAGUGUGACAUGUGCAGUAACUGAUUCACUCAAAACGUUCAUCUUCAAAAUCAUAUGAACAUUCACUUAGGAAUCAAAAAGUAUAAGUGUGAAAUAUGUGAGUAAACAUUCACUCAAAAGUGUGGACUUAAAAGGCAUUUGACAAUUCACACUGGCUAAAAAGACUUGAAAUGUACAAUAUGUGAUAACACAUUUGCUUGAAAAGAAUCACUUCAAAAGCAUAUGUUAAUUCACACUGGUGAGAAAAAUUAUACAUGUGAUUUCUGUGAUAAACAUUUUCAUUAUAAAUCUAAAUUUACUUCACAUAUGGCAAUUCACACUGGUAAAUCGAACUAAUUAUUUAUUAUCGUUUUAUUAUUUUCUUUCAAUUGCAUACAUGUAUUUGUAAUUUUUUUUAUUCUUUCUUCUUUUUUUAUAGGGUUUAAUUAAAAUUAUGAUAAGCCAUGUAUUAUGUAAACAUAUUGCUUUUGUUAAAGGAGAGGACUACUUUGAGCUAUUGUAGCUCUCGGUCCAAUUCCUUUCUGCUUAAAUUGUAAAUUAUUAACAUGAAUAUUUUAUCUGAAUAAAAAUAUGUUUAAACCAAAUCGAACUAAAUAUGUCAAAUUUGCAAAGCGACCUUCAGGCACUCGGUUUAUUUACAAAGGCACAUGCAAAAGAACCAAAGUUGGACACAGUUGUGAAAUUAGUAAUAAAUAACUUAAAGAUUGGAGGUAAAAUGCACAGGGAGCAACGAAUCAGUCACAAAAAGUUGUAUAUGUAAUAGACUACAUGUAGAACAAAAUGUUGCUUACCAGAGGCUCAUAUAACAUGAUUUAGCCUCCUCGUUCAAUAAUUUUAGUAUUGCACCUACACUUAUUCAAUAUCCUCUAUAUACUGUAUUUACUAAUGUAUUGAUCUGAAAACGCGAUGACAUUUGAGUUAUUUUUUAUUUUUACAAACUUUUGGGACAAGCCAGGUAGAUAUGUUAAUGUAAAUUUUGCUCAUCUCUGUUUAUUGUCAUACGACUAAAGACAAGUUGACUGAUGACAUCACAAGCACAUGCUAACAGAAUUUAGCAGAUAUACUGAUUGGCAAAAAAGCCAAUAUUGAUAAACAUUCUAUAGCAGCAGAAAAAUUAAAUUCUGAUAACUUUCUUUAUUUGUGGAUCAAUUUUUGAGAGUCUUAUAUUAUUUGAAAGUUCUUUAAAUUCAUUUUUUUUUAAAUAAGUGAAUUUUUACUGUAUCUUUCAUGUGUUGCCAUUUGAAGUGAUGUAUCCGGCCCAAAGGGUAAUGAUAUUUGCCCAGUUUCCCACAUUGUAGUUGCACGGUCGUGCAAUACCAUUUUUUACGGAGUCGCAAAAGCGCGACGUUGCUAUUUAAUAAUUCACAUUCACGCACUCAACUGACAGGUUUAAAAUCAAAAUACUCGUGGUAAUGCACAUAACUUGUAUGUCUGUUUAAUUUUCAAAUACUGUGAUGUAUGUUUGAAUUUUCAUUUUAUUUACUUGUCAUAAAGCAUUUGUAUAUGUGAAAAAAAUAUAUGUUUUAUGUUAUGUUUGUUUAUUAUCAAUAUAAUGUAAGUAAAUAUAUGGUGUUUGCAAGCAAA